CCUCAUAAUUAAACCUGAGAGGUGAGUUGAACAGAGUGCAGACGCCAUUAUAGGGUGCGAGAUCUCCGCUGGAAAACACACAAUUGGAGUACUUUAAGCAGGCAAAGGAAGAAACAGUAACUCGACCCUGCCUCCAACGAAAUAAAAGAGUCUCCAAACAACCAGGUCUGGUGGUUAUGGAGAAUUAUGGACAACCUGGCAGCAAAUAAGAGCCACAUACCCUGUCAGUCGUGGGCGGGCCAGAAUGGCUGGUCCACAACUUCAAUGCAAGGAUCCCUCUUCAACCCGCUGGCCAGCUCUCAGCAUCUCAGCCUGGGCUCGUCUUCUGACCAAAGACCCUCCUACAACCACCUGCAGGCGCCCAAUCUGAGCUGUAUGAACGACAUGAGCACCUUAUCAUCCGCUCAUCACUCUGCCCUGUACAAAGCCUCUCACAUUAACAACAAUUCGUCAUCCACUACGCUGUUUGCAAACACUGCUAUCCCGAGUUCUUCUCACAGUAUUUCCUUUGCUCAGCAAAGCCCUCACACCUCAUCAAUGCUGUUAAAUGCAAACCAAGGCAUAAACAUUCCCCAAACAAACCAAGCUCCACAGCCUUGUAGGCCCCAACAUCUACCACUCCUGCCACCCCAUGACCCUUACAAAGCAUCAGUUCAACCUCCAUUAACCAAUCAGGGUUUAUCAAACGGACUACAAGAUCUUCCCAUUAGUCUGCCGUCCUGUGGACAACGUGUAAGUACAUCUCAAGCUACUUUUGAAGGAGCGAAUGUGGAGUUUAUUGGUGUUUGUGGAUACACUCACAGCCAUGCUUCAUCCACUUCUCAGGAGCAGCAUCAGUGGAUACCUUCAUCACACUGCAGGGAAGCUGUAAACGACUCUGAUGCAACUGCUCAUCCUAACAAAGAGUCAUCGCAAGAGGGAAACAUUAAUCCACUGGCCAGCAGUGAGAGACAGCGUUCACUACUUUUACAUCAACGUGCACAACUACUGCAACAGCUGGCAGAGCUGGAUAAACAUCUGGAAUCAAUACCUCCAGAUGACAGUAGUAAUGGGCGGCCUCCACACACAGCUGUUCAGCCACAGUUGCGUCCUGCAGUGGGUUGUGGUGACAAAGAUGAGACCUGUGACGCACCAGAUGAUCCAAUGUCUACAGCUGAAUCAGUGAAAAAGAAAGAAAAAAGAAAGAAAAGAAAAAAUUCCUCAGCCGAGUCAGAGGUCGACAGUGAUCCUGAUUACCUUCCUAAUAAUAAUGAUGAUGAGCACUCUGAUUACCCAUCUGAUCCUGCCGGUGGCUUUUCAGAUGACUCUGAUCACAGCAGGCCCUCAACCCCCACUGAUGAAACGCCUUCUCUGCCAGGGAAAAAAAGGGCUAAAUCAGGGAGUUCUUCGUGUGAAGCCGAAAGCGCCAGUCCUCCGAAACCGACACAAGCAAAUAAGCAGAAGAAGUCAGAAACUGUAGUGCUGCCGACUUCAAAUACCAAAAUAAAACGCGUUUAUGACAGGAGGAAUUACUGCCCAUUUUGUUCUAAGCCAAUAUCCAAAAUGGCACGACAUCUGGAGUCGAUCCACAGCGACAAAAAAGAGGUUGCAGCCGCUUUUCAGUAUCCCAAAAGUUCCAGAGAAAGACAAAAAAUAUGGAACAGACUAAUAAAUCAAGGAAACUUUGCUCAUAAUAAAAAUGUCUUGAAAUCCGGGAAGGGCCAACUUGCUGUACGAAAAAGACCAAAGCACACUGGACAAGCCCAAGACUUUAUUCACUGCCUUUACUGUCGAGGCCUUUAUGUGAAGAAUGCUUUGUACAGACACAUGAGGCUGUGCCCAGAGAAAGCGAGGAAUGGAAAUGAAUCAAAGAUCGGAAGACCACGUAUCGCAUUGCGAUGUGUGCUUGAAACUUCAGACGACCUUGACGUAACUGACGGUUUUAGGAGCGUUCUGGCCCAGAUGACCUACAACGAUGUCACACGAGCUGUCAUGGAUGACAAGGUUAUCUUGCAGUUUGGUGAACUCUUGUAUAAUCAGCACGGAUCUGAUGUGAGGAAGCACGACUACAUAAGACAAAACCUUCGUCAGAUGGCGAGACUUGUACUCGAAGCCCAGAAAGUAACUCCUCUGACGAAACUGGAGGACUUCUUUCUCCCUUCAAACUUCUCACAUGUGGUGGCUGCAGUGAACGUCCUGGCAGGUUACAAUCCAGAAACCAAAUCGUACAGCAUUCCUUCCCUUGCCAUCAAGCUUGGCUACCACCUACAGAAGACUUGUAGCAUUGUUGAGGGUAACGCAGUUAAGUCCGGGGAUGCACGUUUGGCAGAGGCUGCACGAAACUUUCUCUCUGUGUAUCAGAAAAAAUGGAACAAGUUGAUUUCUUCGGGUGCAUUAACGACACUCAGAAAGACUAAAAUAAAAAAGGAGAAGAAGGUGCCGUUUGCUGAAGAUGUAAAGCGCCUGAACUUCUACAUGGAGUACAUUCAUCCUCUCACUGAGGAAAAACUCAGAGACAGUCCCUCUUCAGAAAACUAUGCCGCUCUGGCCAAGGUAUUACUGGCUCGAACGAUCAUCUUCAACAGGAGAAGUGCCAGAGAGGUAUCGUCGGUGCAUCUAACAGCUUUUAUGUCACGGAUAAAGUCAAGCGUGCAGACUGGCAUGGACAUAUCCGUGUCAGAUUUGGAAAGAAGGAUGUGUGGGUCCUUCACCAGAGUGGACAUACGAGGAAAGUGUGGGAGAAUGGUCCCUGUUUUACUAAAACCAUCAUUCGUGUCUUCUUUGGAGUUUCUCGUAGAAGUCCGCGAGACGUGUGGAGUCCCCAGUAAGAAUCCCUACCUGUUCGGUCGACCAAGCUCGCUCUCUUCCUACAAUGGGUCAGAGUCCCUCCAGAAAUACGUCAAAGCAUGUGGAGCUAAGAACCCUGAAGCGCUGACUUCACCAAAGAUCAGGAAGCAUUACACAACAAUGCUACAGAUGAUGAACCUGGAUGAAAAUGAGGCUUGCCAAAUUUUAGGCCCAAAUAAUCAAGUCCGAAGGCUGCGACAGGACAGCAGCAUGCACCUGGAUGACACCGAAAUGGGGUCUGAUGAGAGAUUACAAACUGCAUCAGGACAACUAGCUGCAUCAUGGGAUUACAGUGAGCAUCCCAGUGCACGCUAUGGCGCCAACAUGACUGUACCUUCAACAUCUAGAAAAUCAGGCAAAAAAGGCGCCCAAAAUCAGGGCAAACAUAAAUGGGACGAAGAAGAGGUUCUUGCUGUGGAAAGACACCUGAUGAGUUUAAUUGAGGGACACAAGGUGCCCCAGAAAAACGACUGCAUUCAGUGUCUCGAGGCUGAGCCAGAAGCACUGAGGAACCGUUCAUGGAAAGGUGUAAAGGACUACGUCAGAAACAGGAUCACUGCCCUGAAAAGACAAAGCACAACUUCCCACAAAGAGUAACAGUUGCCCUGGGCACUGGACAUGUUCAGCAGUUUUAGAUGUGCAAGUUUUACUUUUCCAUUAUAUCGUCCUUCACCACCCCCUGUUUAUCUUUGCCUUUCAUUUGUUCAGGAUCCAUCCGUUUCUUUUACAACAUUGUAAGUGUUUCCAUUCAGUAAGAUGGCAGAGAAUAGACUGAUAUUUGAUCAUGUUUAUGUUGGUGCUGUGUGGUUUGCAGUCGUUGUCAUUAAUCAUUUUAACUUUUGUAUGAUUACAGCAUAUUUUUCACUGUUCAGAGACAGCUCAUACAUACUGACGGAUUAUGUGUUAUACAGACUUAUCUGACGGUUAAUUCUUAAGUUUUUGGAGCUGUAAGUUAAUUUCUGUGAUUAAUUCAUUUGGUAUACUGUAUUUUGUUUGACUUUGUCAACAAUUUACCCCAAAUAAAGGUGCCAAGAAUAAUAUUCUAGCAAUUUAUCUGUGAACAAAAA